ACCUCGGCGCGGUCGUCAUCGUCAUCGACAUCAACUUGUCGUAUCCUAUCAUACCAUUUAUUAUUAUCUGCACCGACGGCUGGCACUGUACAUACAUUGUGUUACUCUAAAGCGGACCCCUUCAAUCAGGCAACUCGAGCAUUGUAUAUACUAGUUGCAAUAUGGCCAGCACUUCUUUGUUCUAUUCUGCCGCACCAUACCAUAUCAUCAGCUAUGGAACACUCCUAGGCAGUGAGAUAUUCCAGUCGUUCAUUGGAGGCAUCGUCGCAUUCCGCUCCUUACCACGAGCACAAUUUGCAACCCUGCAAUCGGCUCUAUUUCCCAUAUACUUCAGCAUGCAGUCUGUGCUACCUGUUCUGUUAGCACUGACAUUCCCUGCUGAACGAACGGCCAUUGGUACCACUCCCUCGAGCCUGUCUGGUGUCCUACACCCCUCCAACCGCCUGCAUGUCUUGACACCUCUAGCCAUCGUAUUCGGUGCGGGGCUGGCCAAUUCUCUAGUUAUUGGACCUCAGACCACCAAGACGAUGCGUCUGCGAAAACACCAGGAGACAAAGGACGGGAAAAGGAGUUAUGAUGCUCCACCACAUAGUCCAGAGAUGCAGAAGUUGAACCGCAAGUUUGGACAGCUGCAUGGUGCAUCAUCUCUAGUCAAUCUAUUUGCUGUGCUUGCAACCAUCUGGUAUGGGUUUACUCUAGGGGAUCGUUUAUUAUAGGUGUGAGGUCGAUCUACGGAUAUAAACGAUCCACUAUAGGCGCACAUACAUUCCAUUGACUAGACUUGUAAAGUAUAUGCAGUCAUAUUUAUAGACAGGGAAAUAUCCGACAACAAAUAUGAGGUCUCUAGGGUGUCAGAUGGAGAG